ACGGGAUCCACAGCGUGACGGCCCAGUGCGUCCUGCGGGUGAUCAUCAUCACGGAGGACAUGCUGGCCAACAGCAUCACGGUGCGGCUGGAGAACAUGUGGCAGGAGCGCUUCCUCUCCCCGCUGCUCUCCACCUUCCUGGAAGGGGUGGCCACCGUGCUCGCGACGCCCAAGGAGGACAUCUUCAUCUUCAACAUCCAGAACGACACGGACGUGGGCGGCACGGUGCUCAACGUCAGCUUCUCGGCCUUGGUGCCGCGGGGCGGGCGCUACUUCAGCUCCGAGGAGCUGCAGGAGCAGCUGUACAUGAAGCGCAUGGCGCUGACGGGCGCCUCCAUGCUGGAGGUGCUGCCCUUCGACGACAACGUCUGCCUGCGGGAGCCCUGCCAGAACUACAUGAAGUGCAUCUCCGUCCUCAAGUUCGACAGCUCAGCCCCCUUCAUCGCCUCCCCCUCCACCCUCUUUCGGCCCAUCCACCCCAUCACCGGCCUGCGGUGCCGCUGCCCGCAGGGCUUCACUGGGGACUACUGCGAAACGGAGAUCAACCUCUGCUACUCCAACCCCUGCCUGAACGGCGGGAUCUGCACCCGCAAGGAGGGGGGAUACACGUGCGUUUGCCGACAGCACUUCAGUGGCGAGAACUGCGAAGUGGACAGUCGCUCGGGACGCUGUGUGCCCGGCGUGUGCCGCAACGGCGGCACCUGCACCAACAGCGCCGACGGGGGCUUCCGCUGCCAGUGCCCAGCCGGCGGCUUUGAGACGCCCUUCUGCGAGGUGUCCACGCGCUCCUUCCCACCGCGAUCCUUCGUCAUGUUCCGGGGCCUGCGCCAGCGCUUCCACCUCACCCUUGCCCUCUCGUUCAGCACUAUGGAGCCCAGCGGCCUCCUGCUCUACAACGGGCGCCUGAACGAGAGGCAUGACUUCCUCGCGGUGGAGAUCAUCCGGGGGCAGGUCCAGCUGAAGUACUCCACAGGAGAAUCCAGCACGGUGGUGAGCCCCUACCUGCCGGGGGGCGUGAGCGAUGGGCAGUGGCACACGCUGCAGCUCCACUACUACAACAAGCCCAAGGUCAGCGCGCUGGGCGUGGUGCAGGGCCCCUCCAAGGACAAGGUGGCCAUCUUGACAGUGGACCAGUGCGAUGCCUCAGUGGCCCUGCAGUUUGGCAGCGAAAUUGGGAACUACUCCUGUGCCGCAGAAGGUGUGCAGAGCAGCUCAAAGAAGUCCCUGGACCUCACAGGUCCCUUGCUCCUUGGAGGGGUCCCCAACCUGCCGGAAAACUUCCCUGUCACUCACCGGGACUUUGUGGGAUGCAUGAGAGACCUGUACAUCGACAGCAAACGCAUUGACCUGGCUUCCUACAUCGCCAACAACGGAACUGCUGCAGGCUGCCAUGCCAAGCACACGUUCUGUGACUCCAGCCCCUGCAAGAACGGCGGCACCUGCUCUGUCGGCUGGGGGACCUACUCCUGUCUCUGUCCUGUUGGCUUCGGGGGCAAAGACUGCCGCCACCCCAUGCACCAUGCCCACUAUUUCCAGGGCAACAGUGUCCUGACCUGGGACUUCAAGACGGAUGUGAAGAUCUCAGUGCCAUGGUACCUGGGGCUGGCGUUUCGGACACGCCAGCCAGACGGGGUGCUUCUGCAGGCCUAUGCCGGCCAGUACACCACCCUGCUCUGCCAGCUGGCUGGGGGGCUGCUCUCCUUUGUGGUGAGCCGGGGGGCUGGGCGCAGCACCAGCCUCCUCCUGGACCAGCUGCAGCUCAGCGAUGGGAGAUGGCAUGACCUCCAGCUGGAGCUGCGCGAUGUCCGCAGCGGGCGAGACUCACGCUACGUCAUCACCCUCACCCUAGACUUCGGGCUCUACCAGGACACAGUCGUCAUUGGGAAUGAACUGCAUGGCCUGAAGGUGAAACACCUGCACGUGGGGGGAGUCCUGGGCUCUGGAGAGGUGCAGAAUGGGCUGAGGGGCUGCAUACAGGGUGUGCGACUGGGUGACAGUGUCACCGGGACCGCGCUGCCCAAGCCCAGCCAUGCUCUGCGGGUGGAGGCUGGCUGCAGCGUGCCAAGCCCCUGUGACUCCAGCCCCUGCCCAGCCAACAGCGUCUGCAAGGACGAGUGGCAGAGCUACUCCUGCGUCUGCCAGCCAGGAUACUACGGAGGGGACUGCGUGGAUGUGUGUCACCUCAACCCCUGCAAGAACAAGUCAGUGUGUCGCCGCAAGCCUGGCUCGCCCCUGGGUUACGUGUGCGAGUGCGGAGGGAACUUUUUCGGGCAGUACUGUGAGCACAGGAUGGACCAGCAGUGUCCGAAGGGCUGGUGGGGGAACCCGACCUGUGGGCCCUGUAACUGCGAUGUGAACAAGGGCUUUGACCCCGACUGCAAUAAAACCAACGGGCAGUGCCACUGCAAGGUGAGAGCAGCUGUGCCCAUGGGGACGUGGACCGUGGCUUGCCUGGUGCCCUGCUCGUCCUCGACCUCGCGUUCCUGUGACCGGGAGACGGGCCGGUGCCACUGCCGGCCCGGGGUCAUCGGGCGCCAGUGCAAUAGCUGCGACAGCCCUUUUGCCGAGGUGACACCCAGCGGCUGCGAGGUGCUCUACGACGGCUGCCCCAAAAGCCUGAAGGCAGGUGUGUGGUGGCCCCAGACCAAGUUUGGCUUCUCAGCUGCGGUGCUGUGUCCCAAAGGCUCUUUAGGUGCAGCCAUCAGACACUGUGAUGAGGAGAAGGGCUGGCUGGAGCCAGACCUCUUCAACUGCACGUCACCUGCCUUCAAGGAGCUCUCCAUGCUGCUGGAGGGCUUGGAGAGGAACGAGACUGAGCUCAACACAAUUGAAGCCAAGAAGCUGGCCCACCGGCUCCGGGCUGUGACAGACCACAUGGACCACUACUUUGGCAACGACGUGCACAUCACUUUCCGCCUGCUGUCCCGCCUCAUGGCCUUUGAGAGCCGGCAGCGUGGCUUUGGCCUGACAGCCACGCAGGAUGCCCACUUCAAUGAGAACCUGCUGCGUGCGGGCAGCUCUGUGCUGGCGCCCGAGAACCGGGAACACUGGGCCAUGCUGCCCCACGGGGAGCAUGGCAGCGCCAGCCUCAUGGAGCAGCUGCGGGACUACUCGGGCACACUGGCCAGCAACAUGAAACUCACCUACCUCAACCCCGUUGGCGUCGUCACCCCCAACAUCAUGCUGAGCAUCGAUCGCAUGGAGAACCACUCCCACAUCCGCCGGCGCUACCCGCGCUACCACAGCAGCCUCUUCCGCGGCCAGCCCGCCUGGGACCCCCACACCCACGUCGUGCUGCCGCUGUCGGUGCUGAGCCCCCUGAAAGCUGAAGCAAUGCCCACGCCGGCGGGGGGCGAAGGGAACUACACUGUGGAGAACUACUCCCCAAGGCAGGCACCGCCAGAGCCUGAGCCCGCUCUCACUGUGAUCAUCCUCAUCAUGUACCGCACCCUUGGGGGGCUGCUGCCUGCGCGCUACCAGGUGGAUCGCCGCAGCAUCAGGCUCCCCAAGAAUCCCGUGAUGAACUCCCCCAUCGUGAGCGUGUCUGUGUUCAGCAAUCACACCUUCCUGCGGGGGCCCCUGGACAGCCCUCUCGUGCUGGAAUUUCGCCUGCUGAAGACGGCCAACAGGAGCAAACCUCUCUGUGUCCAGUGGAACCACUCCAACCCGACCAACCCCUCUGGCUUCUGGACAGCCAGAGACUGUGAGCUCGUGUACCGAAACACCACGCAUGUCCACUGCCAGUGCUCCCAGUUUGGCACCUUCGGGGUUCUGAUGGACAGCUCGCACCGAGAGCAACUGGAAGGUGACCUGGAGACGCUGGCAAUUGUCACCUAUUCCUUGGUUGCUCUCUCCUUGGUGGCUCUGCUGCUGACCUUCUCCUUCCUGACCUGCCUCAAAGGCCUCAAGUCCAACACACGUGGCAUUCACUCCAACAUAUCAGUCACCCUCUUCUUCUCUGAGCUGCUCUUUCUCCUGGGCAUCAACCGCACUGAGAACCAGUUUCUUUGCACUGUGAUUGCCAUCCUCCUCCACUGCUUCUUCCUCUCCACCUUCGCCUGGCUCUUCGUCCAGGGCCUCCACAUCUACCGCAUGCAGACGGAAGCCCGCAACGUCAACUUCGGGGCCAUGCGCUUCUAGGGGGUGCCCGCCAUCAUCACGGGGCUGGCCGUUGGCCUGGAUCCUGAGGGCUAUGGGAACCCCGACUUCUGCUGGAUUUCCAUUCAUGAUAAGCUGGUCUGGAGCUUUGCAGGCCCCAUUACUGUCGUCAUUGUGAUGAAUGGGGUCAUGUUCCUGCUUGUGGCCAAGAUGUCCUGUUCCCCAGGCCAAAAGGAGACCAAGAAGAAAUCGGUUCUCAUGACGUUACGGAGCUCCUUUGUUCUGCUUCUAGUUAUUAGCACUACCUGGCUCUUUGGCCUCUUGGCUGUCAACAACAGUGUCCUGGCUUUCCACUACCUCUACACUGUCCUCUGCAGCCUCCAGGGCCUGGCUGUGCUGGUCCUGUUCUGCGUGCUGAAUGAGGAGGUGCGGGAGGCCUGGAAGCUGGCCUGCCUUGGCAAGAAGGGGCAGAGCGAGGAGGCCACGAGGAGCACGCAGGUGGGCGAGAGCAGGAGCAGCCCAGGGGGCCCCAACGCCUACAACAACACGGCGCUGUUUGAGGAGAGCGGGCUCAUCCGCAUCACCCUGGGGGCCUCCACCAUCUCGUCAGUGAGCAGCGUGCGCUCUGCCCGCACCCACUCCAGCCAGCGUGCUUACCUCAGAGACAACGCGACGGCACGUCAGGGCUCGGCCCUGGAUCACAGCCUUCUGGCUCACGCCGGCCCCACCGACAUCGAUGUGGCCAUGUUCCACCGUGAUGCUGGCGGAG